UACACGUUGCGCAACGCGGUUGUCUGUGCGAUCAUCUCGUCAUCAAAUCUACUAGCAAAAGCUGUUCAUCGGGGAAACAAAAACGGUGUAUAUUUCCUGAGUCAUUAUGGUGAUGUCACAAACCAUGAGCGCCAUCGGUGUAGAAUCAGAAACGGCGACACUGACAGCUGGUGAAGCUGUGCGUGACAAAGAUAGCGGUCACAUAGUGCUAUCGUCAUCGUCGUCGUCGUCGUCGUCGUCGUCGGUGAAUCAGCUUUCAUUGACAUCGUACAUCAGCUUAAAAUCGCCAAUAGGCUGGCCGGACAUCAAGUGCUUGGAGCGAGAGAUCGAGCUUCUGCAGAGUAGCUGCGACUGGUAUUACGGAGACCUGACGUGGAAGCAGGCUCACGACACGCUGAAGAACUCGCCUCUCGGCACCUUCCUGCUGCGCAACAGCAACAACCUCGACUUCCUCUUCUCGCUCAGCAUCAAGACGCGAAGCGGCGUCGUGUCGGUGCGCAUCGGAUACUACAAGCACCGCUUCGCGUUCGACGUCGACGCGCCGUCGGGGCAGCAGGACUCGCAUUUCACGGCCACCAGCGUCGUCGGCCUCGUCGAGCGAGAGAUGAGCGCCCGACACAAGCACGUGUUCCUCUGGGGCACGGACUGCCAGCAAGUCGUGCUCACUGCGCCGCUCCGGAAGCGGCCGUCCCGACUGCAGCACCUAUGUCGUGUCGCCGUCAACCGGUCGCUAGGCGGAUCGCAGUCGCCGACGUCGGCGGCGAUCGAGAGGCUACCCUUGCCUAAGCUUCUACGGAAGUAUCUAGAAGAGUAUCCGCAUACGGUGUAAGCGGGGCUUCGUCUCCGAGUGAUGUUCGAUGAACUUUAUCGAAUGUGGCCGGCACGCGCAGCAGUUGUGUUAAACAGCGUUAACUGCGACGACAUUUCGUGUGAUCAUGAUCACCUUAUACAGCGUGUGAUGUUUUUCGCUUGAUGAUGGUCACGGGGCCGCGAAAGGCGUACCGUAUUGAAUACACAGCUAGCAGAGUGCGGCAGUGUUUACAGGGUAGAAACGUGCCUUGUAGUGGAGGUGGAAUUCUCGCGGAGCAUUGCUUAGAAACGUUGUGUACGUUUAUUAUAGUAGUUACACGCACGCACACACGCACGCACGCACGCACGGACGCUCGCCCACACACACACACACACACACGCACGCACGCACACACACACGCACACACACACACACACACACACACAAACAAACAAUUGUGACAUUAUGAUAUUAAAUAUAUGGUCGUUUAACAGUCAUUUCAUCUAGUAAAUCCAUCAGGGUACCUGUGACAGGUGGAGCGCUGGUCGCAUCGCACUAUCAUGGCUCCCUAGGGGAUAUAAUAUCAAAAUAGGUAAAUAUGUUAAUAUGUUAUAGAACUCGUCACUGUUGUCAUGUCGUCUACGUUAGUUACUUUGGUUACUGUUAGUUACAAGACUAGGUACGUUAAUUAUUACGUAGUUUAAAGGAAACUUGUCGUGAAUGUCAACGUUUAUCAGUGUUUAUCGAGAAGGAUAUUGACGUAAAUAUACAUUGAUCAGAUUUGUUGUUUCAAAGUCGAUAGUUACAAGAUCAUUGUAGCAUUGAGUUUUAAUUUAAGCCAUUUAGAACGCUUUAUCGUCUGUGUUGUUAGCUAUAUAGGUGUCUGAACAUAUCUCGAUGUGAAACUAUGUUUGUGCCAAUGGCCUAUACACACGCGCGCGCACAUCACGCGUACGCGCACAAGCACAUACUAGCUAACAUUCACAUACACAUGCACGCACACACACACGCACGCACACACACACGCGCGCGCGCGCGCACGCACGCAUGCACACACGCGUCUACACAUAUACACGCACGCGUCCAGACGCAUCUACACGCACGCAUACAAGAACGGUCGCGCGCGCGUAACACUGCAUGGUUGUAUCCCUGUGCACUUGUGCUUGUAUAUAUAAUUAUAUGUGCGCUGCGUAUACACUAUGAUGAGGGUCUUAUCUGUGAUACUGUGUAUUUUAAACGAUGAGUUACUUGACAAAAAUUCUUGUGUAACACAUUCCAGAUUAUAGAACUGAUUUGAUUUUAUAGAACUGAUUUCCAGAUUAUAGACUGGUUUGAAACCGAACGUGUUCUGAGCUUUACUAUCAUUGUUGUAAACAUGGCAGGCAGCUGGCUCGCACACACCCUACACCCUACCAGAUCACGAAAUCGUAAACAGGGCUAUGGCUGCACAUAGAUAUCCGCAGUUCUUGGAACCACCCGUUUAAACUGACGGAGUUCUUUUAUCUCUUGUGAACGCGAUGCCUGGAGCGAAUUUGUACUGCGCGCGUGGAACGUGGCAGAUUUUAUUUAUGAUUCUCCUGAAUUGAAUUUAUUAAACAGAUCCUGCUUUCCUACGUA